AUUCUAUCAAAUAGCAACAGAAAAUUAUAAAUUAUUCUAGUUUGAUCAUCCCAACACGGAAUCUUUUUGCCCAUUAGUGGAGUCGAGUAAUUGAUUUGAGUAGGUAGUACAAUUGUUUUGAUUUUUGAAGUAGAAAACUGUUGAUACGGUAUCACAGCCACAGCUGUGCGCACGGAGGGUUUUUCAAUCGGAAUUAAAUCCAUCGUCUACCCCGAUCAUAUGUUACAUGCAGAAGAUACAGAGUAUCAAACUGUGAAUUUGGAGUUGGAAAAUGUCGGAAGAGGGAGAAACAGAGGUGAUUCAUUCAUGGUCUGCUCCCAGAUCUUUAAGCACCAGCCUCAUGUACUCUUUCGCUCAGAGGGAUGAUACAGAAGUGCUUGAUGAACCUCUAUAUGCACACUAUCUAAGGGUAACAGGGGUUGAUAGACCAUAUAGAGAAGAACUUCUUUCAAAAAUGGAGUCUGAUGGAAAUAAGGUUGUGAAAAACAUCAUUUAUGGUCCUGGAAAAAAGAAUUAUCGUUAUUGUAAGCAUAUAGCAAAAGUACGACUGCCUGGAUUAAGUGAUGAUUUGACAAAAAAAGGAAAACACUUUAUAUUAAUUCGGAAUCCGAUUGAUUCAUUGCAAUCUUUUGACAAGGUUGUCCCUUCAUCCUUCCAUGAACUAGGGUUAGCAGACCUGGUUUCUGUAUACAGUGAACUCUCUGCAUCAGGGAAUCCCCCUCCUAUUCUUGAUGUUGCUCAUCUUCAACAACACCCUGAGGCUGCAUUACGAGGUCUUUGUGAAGAUCUUGACAUUCCAUUCCAAGAUUCAAUGCUCAAAUGGGAAGCUGGUCCAAAAAGUGUUGAUGGGAUUUGGGCUCCAUGGUGGUACAAAAGUGUGCACAAAUCUACAGGCUUUGUACAACCAGUAAAAUAUCGCCCUCCUUUUCCACCAUCACUUUAUGAUGUGUUGGAGCAAAGUCUACCCUUUUAUAACAUGCUCAAAAGUCUUCCAAGAAGCACAAGAUUCCCAAAGAUUCCAACACCAUCUCUCCCUGUUGCUACUAAUGAAAAGAUUCUUGUUUGGGUUGGUGAUGAACUUUUACCCCGUGUCAAUGCAAUGGUUUCAGUAUUUGACUCAGUUGUCCAAGGUGGUGAUUCGGUAUGGGAAGGACUUAGAAUUUAUAAUGGGAAAGUUUUUAAACUUGAAGAGCAUUUAGACAGGAUGUUUGACUCAGCAAAAGCUCUAGCUUUCAACAAUGUCCCAACUCGUGAUGAGAUUAAGGAGGCUAUAUUCAAGACUCUGAUUAGAAACGGGAUGUUUGACAAUGCACAUAUUCGUUUAAGUCUGACACGUGGCAAAAAGGUGACAUCAGGGAUGAGCCCGGGUUUCAAUCUUUACGGAUGCACCUUAAUUGUUCUUGCAGAGUGGAAACCACCAGUGUAUGACAAUACAAAGGGAAUUACUUUAGUAACUGCCACCACUCGGCGUAAUUCACCAAAUAAUUUGGAUUCCAAGAUUCAUCAUAACAACCUCUUGAAUAAUAUACUCGCAAAGAUAGAAGGGAACAAUGCAAAUGCUGAUGAUGCGAUCAUGCUUGACAAAGAUGGUUAUGUGUCUGAAACAAAUGCUACAAACAUUUUCUUGGUGAAGAAAGGUAUUGUAAUGACACCUCAUGCUGAUUAUUGUCUUCCUGGCAUCACCCGGGCAACUGUGAUGGAGCUUGUAAAGAAGGAAAAGUUGGUUUUGGAGGAACGGCGCAUCAGUCUAUCAGAGUUCCAUACUGCAGAUGAGGUGUGGACUACUGGAACUAUGGGAGAAUUGAGCCCGGUUGUGAGGAUUGAUGGACGUGUAAUUGCAAGCCUGAAUCCUGAAAUCACACAACACAGACACUGGAAUGGAGAAAGAGAUGGAAGUUGACUUCGGGAGUUUAAAAAGAAAAAGAUGUGGAGUAGUUUGAUGAGUGUGAGUGACAGAGUGUCAUCCUAAUAAAUAAACUGAAAACAAGUUGUGCAAUAUGUAUAUGCAUGCAUGUAAAAUUAUGAAUGAAUUUUGCAAGGUUUUACCUUUCAAGUGAGUGAGUGGGUGGC